UGUGUGGUGCGCAUGACAAAAACACGGAAACUUCCUCUGACUAUAUAUUUACGCUAACGCUUUUACACGAAUUAAACCAUUGCAACUAAAUAAUUAUGUAUUGCGUAUAAGAUGGAGGACCAGGAGAUUCAACUGAAAGUUAAGAGGUAAUUAGUGAAUACUUUAACUAACCUUAGCAAGCCAGCUCGCUAGUAACGUUAGCUAGCUAAACAGCUAACGUUAAGUAGGUAGCUAGCUACCUGUCUUAACCAUGGAUAGCUUUGGUAAACCUAGCUAUGUUAUUGUAUGGUUAUCGCUGCAGGGUCUGAAAAAUUCACUGAUAGCAUGUACGUGUUGGCUAACGAGUCAUCAGUGGCUCUUUAUCGACUGCAAGAGCACGUUAGAGAGUCCCUUCCAGAACUAGUGUUACACAAAGUAAGUGUUGAUUUCAAAGCAAAAGCUUACACAUACUACUGUAGCUUGCUAAGGAUAAUAAAUGUAGAUAGACAUUUGUUACUUUACAGUAGAUAUAUUACUGGGCUGUCCAAAAACGCACGUCUGAAAAAUCAUAGCUAUUUUUGCAGUAACAACAUUAAUUUAUCUCUGCUCAUCUCUCCCAGACAGAUAUGCAGCUCUGGGAGGAGCAAAGCCAAGGAGCAAUCUACACUGUAGAAUAUGCAUGCAGGUAACCUAUAGUUAGGUCUAAGAUCUACUGUAUAGGUUUUUAAUUAUAUUGAAAACAUUUAUUGGCAACUUAAUGUGGCCGAUUCCACGUCAGCUAAAUAUAUUUUUGGUAUCUCAGAUUGUUCUGGCAAUUCUCACAUAGAAACGUAAUUGAGAGGAAGAAUGUUUGACAUGCUUUUGACAUUUGUAUUAUAAAUCAUUUUUGAGAAAAUCAUGUUGAAAGUGGCCAUUUUAGGCCCUUUUAGACCUAUACAGUGCCUACCCCUUGACUUAUUCCACAUUUUGUUGCGUUACAGCUUGAAUUCAAAAUUGAUUGUUUUCUUACCCAUCUACACACAAUACCCCAUAAUGACAAAGUGAAAACAUGUUUUUAGACAUUUUUUGAAAUUUAUUUUAAAUGAAAUACAGAAAUAUCUCAUUUACAUAAGUAUUCACACUUACAUGGUAGAAUCACCUUUGGCAGCGACUACAGCUGUGAGUCUUUCUGGGUAAGUCUCUAAGAGCUUUGCACACCUGGAUUGUACAAUAUUAGCCAAUUUAUUAUUUUCAAAAUUCUUCAAGCUCUGUCAAGUUGCUUGUAGAUCAUUGCUAGACAAUCAUUUUCAAGUCUUGCCAGAGAUUUUCAAGCAGAUUUAAGUCAAAACUGUAACUCGGCCACUCAGGAACAUUCACUGUCUUCUUGGUAAACAACUCCAGUGUAGAUUUGGCCUUGUGUUUUAGGUUAUUGUCCUGCUGAAAGGUGAAUUAAUCUCCCAGUGUCUGGUGGAAAGCAGACUCUGAACCAGGUUUUCCUCUAGGAUUUUGCCUGUGCUUAGCUCCAGUACAUUAUUUUUUAUCCUAAAAUACUCCCCAGUCCUUAACGACUACAAGCAUACCCAUAACAUGAUGAAGCCACCAGUAUGCGUGAAAGUAUGAAGAGUGGUACUCCAUAAUGUGGUUUAUUGGAUUUGCCCCAAACAUAACACUUUGUUUUCAGAACAAAAAGGUAAUAGCUUUGCCAAAUUUUUUACAAUAUUACUUUAGUGCAGGGGUGUCAAACUCAUUCCAUGGAGGGCUGUUUUUUUCUUCUUCCUUUCAAUUAAGACCUAGACAACCAGUUGAGGGGAGUUCCUUACUAAUCAGUGACCUUAAUUCAUCAAUAAAGUACAAGGGUGGAGCGAAAACCCGCAGACACUCGGCCCUCUGUGUUGCAAACCGGAUGCAUGUAUUUCUAUUCUGUACAGACUUCCUUCUUUUCACUCUGUCAAUUAGGUUAGUAUUGGCCUUAUGCUGAAAUCCCUGAGGGGUUUCCUUCCUCUCUACGGCAACUGAGUUAGGAAGGAAGCCUGUAUCUUUGUAGUGACUGGGUGUAUUGAUACACCAUCCAAAGUGUAAUUGAUAACUUCACCAUGCUCAAAGGGAUAUUCAGUGUCUGCUUUUCUUUUUUUUUUACCCAUCAACCAAUAGGUGCCCGUCUUUGCGAGGCAUAGGAAAAACCUCCCUGGUCCUUGCUCGACUGAGGGACCUUACAGAUAAUUGAAUGUGGGGUACAGAGAUGAGGUAGUCAUUCAAAAAUCAUGUUAAACACUAUUAUUGACAUAGAGUGAGUCCAUGCAACUAAGUUUUACUCCUGAACUUAUUUAGGCUUGCCAUAACCAAGGGGUUAAAUACUUAUUGAUCAAAACAGGCUGACAUUUCAGGCGGUCUUUUCAAAGAGCUCUUACACUAAAAGGGCAUUGUCAUCAUUUUCAAAAUGGCACAGUAUUAUUCCAACCUCAUAGUGUGGAAAUAUAUAAUCUUGAAUAAAUUACAUUAAUGACAUUUUUUAUUUCAGAAUCCAGACAUACUCCAUAUUUUAGAGCACACUAUAAGGAGUAUAAUGACACCAAGAUGUUGUCUGUAUCAUGUACGGUUCACGGCUCAUACGUUCUUAUAUUAGGCAUAUGUAAGACUAAAAAGGGCCUAAAUGAUUUGUGAUACAAAUGUAAAAAGCAUGUCAAACAUCGUUCUUCCUAAUUAAGUUUCUAUGUGAGAAUUGGGCAAAAUAGUUUUAGCUGGCAUGGAAUCGCCCUUGUAUUUGUUUAACACAUAUUAAUCUUUUCAUUUCCAGUGCAGUGAAAAGCAUGACAAACAGCAGCCUGCACUUCAAAAGCAUCGAUGGGCUCCUCCGUCAAGCCAUCAGCAUGAAGGAACAGAUCAGCAUCUCCCAGAGGCGCAGGUAGGAGGCAGUAAACAACCAAUUCCACUCACUUUGACUCAGGGAUACAGUAACAAUACUGUGUAUCUUUCAUUUGUCUGAUUGCCCACAGACCACCAUUAUUCACCACAGCUGAGGAGAAAAAAAUGAAAUUUCCCUGCUCAAGGGUGGAGUCGACGAGGCUAAUAAACUCAUUUUGAGUGAAAGCCAAGAACUUUUUCAUAGACAUGGGCCACAAUUUCUUGUGUUUGUCGUUAUUUUUCGUUGCCAUCGUCUUUUCUUUCAUUCUUUCAUCACCUCUUCUUUGCAUUAUUAUUUGCCAUCAUUUUUAUGUUUCUCUAAGUUUUACGUUUUAUUCCUUAUUCCCCCACAUGCACGCAGCUCACAUGAAGCAACACCCCCCAUCUCCCAUCCCCCCUGACACUCCACCACAUCCCCCAUCCACUUCCUCCUGACUUCUGGAAGACAGUCCAAGGUUAGUAGUUCCUCAGGCAUCACACUCAAAGCUAUACUUAGCUUUAACUCGGCCACAAGGACUUCUAGGCACUCACUUCAAAAUCAAGAAAAGUGCACUAGAAUGAACCUGAAUGUGCUAUUAGGCUACUGGUUUACUUAAACUGUUCCACUUUAUUUUUAGGACAGGGUGUUUUGUAACAACAUACUCAUCUUUUGAAAUGAUUUUUAAAAACGUGUUUAUUCACUGUUAUGAAAAAUGUUUUGUUUACAGUAUGCAGACUAGACUACAAAUUGUAUCUAUACAUUGUGAAAUAUACAGUUUUGGCAAUAUAUUCCAUAGACCAUCCUUGGUCUUUACCAAACACUUGAAAAUGAAAGCAUUUAUUGGCAAAUCUUUAAAUUGUAUAAUCACAUAGCAACAAAAGCAUUAGCUGUAGCUAGUAAGUCACUAACAUUUUCCAUUGGAAUACCAGUAAGUAAACAUUCUACAGAGAGCUUAAUAGUGAUGGAAUCAAACAUGGCUUGUGUUUAAAAAGUCAAUACAAAGGCAAUAAGGGAGAGGGAUGUUAAGAAAGGUGUAUUAAAAUGACAAUUCCAUGUCUGUAUUGAAAUGUACAUUAAUGGUAGUAGUGGUUCUUGGAUCAUGGAGGGAUAGCUCAGAGCUUUUAUAUAGCUUCAGCUAUUUUCUAUCCAUACUGUAUUCUUCGGAACGGUAGAUAGUUUAGGCAGAAUUAACUAGUCUUGUGCUAACUGCGAUGACUUGUGCAGUGUAUCUCACACUAGAGUAGAGUCUUUACUGGAGGCUCCUGACUUGCGGGCCAGCACGCUCCUCAUCUCAUUGUUAAUGCCAUUCCAUGGCGUAGACGGAGACUGCAGCGGCCCUGACUCUGUCGACAGGGUCCUGUGCAUUCUCGAGCCACCCCCACUCCCACCACUACUGUAGCCCUCCUUGUCACUGCCGUGGCUCUGUGGGCCGUGGGAUGGGGAAUGAUGCUGGUGAUGCUGCUUUGGGUCAGUACAUGGAGGGUAGGACAACUGUCGGUGGAGUUGGGAGUUGUUGCGGUGCCUCCUGGGUUUGUCCCCGUCUUGGAGCUCGCCGUGGCGGACGGCGGGGGUGCACCCGCUGUGCUGGUUCUGAUACAGGGUGUCAGUGUACUCCCCACCGUGGUAGUGUUGGGCGGUGCGGGCAGCUUUGACCAGUGAGUGAAUCACGAUCACCAGCAGAAUCAGGAUGCCUGAGGCCAGUACGCAUGCGCUGGCGAUGCCUGUCUCUACCUCAAACACCAGCAGCAUGUAGAUGGACAUAGCUGCAGGAGAGAAAGGGACAAAGAGAAAGAGAGAGAGAGAGAGAGAGACGAACAGGAAGAGAGAGAGAGAGGGAGACGAACAGGAAGAGAGAGAGAGAGAGGGAGACGAACAGGAAGAGAGAGAGAGAGGGAGACGAACAGGAAGAGAGAGGGAGACGAACAGGAAGAGAGAGGGAGACGAACAGGAAGAGAGAGGGAGACCGCCACAGAGCGACAGGUACAGGAAGAUUUGUUUAUUACACUGUAAGAAAGAUCACUUUUCCGGUCCCUUUCCUUCCAGAGAUGAAUAACUCUAAAUAUUGUAGUGCAUUGCCAUUGUUGUGUUUUUUGUGUGUAUUUUCCUCUAUUUGACUAAUGUUUGGUCAUCUUUCAGCGGGAGAAGAACAACAGAUCCAGGAGUGCUAAAGGAGGGAGGAGAGAAGCACACCUCUGGGAUAUGAUGAUAAUGACGUUGUGGCAUUGCAGUGAGGCUCAGUUCCCUCUGAAAGGGAGCUGUGGGGUCAGGGGGUCAUCUACGGUCCAUUACAAUGUUGCACUGCCUCACCUCAACUAGGCACUCACCUGAAUGGAAAGCCAACGGCUUUGACUUGCCAGGACCUGCCUUAAGACACGUCAGUAAUGCACUUCUGUCAAAGACACCAUUGUUAUGGGCCUUGUGUAUCAAUCAGCUGAAGGGACUCUGAAAGCAGUGACUUUUGUCUCGGCUGCAAAUUAACUGGAAUAUAUCUGUAGAAAUCUGAAUGAAGUUGUCUUUUCUAGGUUCACGCAAAGCUCUAUUUGGUACAAGCUGUUGUUGUUUUGCAGUUGGUCUGAACGGAUGUAAUGUCUAAUAAAUUAAUCUGAUUUAGCUAAAUUAAAAGUGCUUUCACAUGAUGUUA